CAACCACACAAUUCGUGGGGCAAAAGAGGUCCCUGGCGUGGGGAGAUUGGACAUCGAAACAUUCACCUCAAUUCCAAGGACGCAAUCUCGCCGCCACCUGCGUCCCGUCCCUUCAACAUUUGUUGGCCCCCUAACUCGAAAGUGCGCAUCACUACUUCUAAUUCUUCUAAAUCCACACACAGUCAAUUUCUAAGAGACGGACAAACCACAAUCACAACACUGUUGGCAGAGCUGCAAUAUCCACAUCGAAACCACUCGCGACAUGGCUACGAACGAGAAAGAAGGCGCGGGCGUGUCUGCACAGAAUCGAGGCAGCUGGAGCGCGUUCCUCAAGUCGAUUGCGAGCUUCUCAGGGGAUCUGUCUUCUCUCACCGCACCUCCAUUCAUAUUAUCAAGCACUUCUCUGGUAGAGUUCUCCUCGUACUGGGCUGAGCAUCCUUCCAUUUUCGUGGCCCCAGCGCAAGAAUCGGACCCCAAGAAGAGGGCAUUGUUGGUGUUGAAGUGGUUCUUGAGUACAUUAAAACAGCAGUAUGCUAGUCGAAGUGAGAAGUUUGGGAAUGAGAAGAAGCCUUUAAACCCUUUCUUGGGUGAACUAUUCCUUGGGAAAUGGGAGGAUGAAGCUGGCACAACGGAGCUCGUGUCUGAACAAGUCAGUCACCAUCCACCUGUAACCGCCUACCACAUCUCGAAUAAAAAGCACGGGGUUUAUCUACAAGGAUACAAUGCGCAAAAAGCAUCCUUCUCGCGGACAAUCAACGUGAAGCAAAUUGGACACGCUGUAUUCGCCAUACCAGCAUACGACGAAACAUACCUCAUCACUCUCCCCAAUCUACAUAUCGAAGGUCUCAUCUUUGGAUCACCAUUCGUUGAGCUCAAUGACAAGACAUACAUCACCAGCAGCUCUGGAUACACAGCGAAGAUUGACUACAGCGGCAAAGGGUGGCUGUCAGGAAAGAAGAACAGCUUCACAGCUACCAUGUAUCCAACUGGCAAGGAGAAGGAGGUCCUAUACAUCAUUACAGGCCAAUGGACCAAGACCUUCGAGAUCACAGAAGGAGCGAAGAAAGGAAAUGUUAUCGACAACUAUGAUGCUGAAGCUAGCAAUACAACACCUCUCACAAUAGCGCCUAUUGAAGAGCAAGAUCCAUAUGAGUCGCGGAGAGCUUGGCAGAAGGUAGCUGCUGGAAUUGCGAUUGGGGAUAUGGAUAUCACGGGUGAAGAGAAGACCAAGAUCGAAGAAGAGCAGCGGGAACUAAGACGGCAAGAGAAAGCUGAGGGCAGGAUAUGGGAGCGGAGGUAUUUUUCGCUGGUGGAGGACGAUCCUGUGCUCGAAACGUUAGGGCCGGUGAUUGGUCUACUCCCAGAAGCCGACAAGACGGGAGGAAUCUGGAGAUUCGAUGAAGCCAAGGCCAAUGCUGUGCUGUCGACGAAGACGACUGCUACUGAAAAAACAGAGUUGACAGCAUGAAUCCUGGUGGGGUCUUGGCGUUCAGAGCGGGUCCUUUGAGGGCUUACUUUCUUGCUAUUGUAUGAACACUAGAUUAAUUAAUGGUCGGUAUGGAAUAAAACCCUUGUGUUUGCCUCCUAUAAAUUUAAACCUCCC